UGUUUGCUCAGCAAGCCCCAGAAGAGAGCCCAGAAAAAAGGAAGACAGCGCCCGAUGCAAUCACGGAUGUGGGUAAGACCUUGAAGCUGCUUUGGGUGCACAGUCCUCGGCAAUGAAUCCUGAGGAACGCAUCGUGACGUGGCUUAUCUCUUUGGGAGUUUUAAAUUCCCCCAAGAAGACCAUCUGUGAUCCAGAGGAAUUCCUGAAGGUGUCUCUGAAAAAUGGGGUAGUGCUAUGCAAACUGCUAAAUCGGCUCGUCCCUGGAGCUGUGGAAAAGUACCAUCAGGAGCCCCAAACGGAAGCUGACAGCAUCAGCAACAUUAAGGACUUCCUCAAAGGAUGUGCAGGCCUACAGGUGGAGGUCUUUGAUCCUUGUGACCUUUACACAGGCAACAAUUUCUCCCGAGUGCUGAGUACCCUUUUAGCUGUCAACAAAGCCACUGAAGAUCACCAGGUUUCAGAAGGAGCAUGCCAACCUUUCUCUUCCAUUAGUACGGUUUCCAGUUCUCAGAUAAACCUUCCAGGAGCGGCUUCUAACUCAGCACCAGGGUUAAGAAGACAUUCAAAGGCAGCGGAGAUGACUGAAAAUGGGAACCACCAGUUGGUAGUAAAGGCAAGAUUCAACUUCAAGCAGACCAACGAAGAUGAACUCUCCGUCUGCAAGGGCGACAUCAUUUACGUCACUCGAGUGGAAGAAGGUGGCUGGUGGGAAGGCACGCUUAAUGGGAAAACUGGCUGGUUCCCUAGUAAUUAUGUCAGAGAAAUUAAGCCCAAUGAGAAACCUGGCUCCCCAAAGACUGUAAAAGGACUUGACACUCUUCAACUUACCAAGAAUUACUACAGUGUGGUUUUGCAAAACAUCCUGGAGACCGAACAGGACUAUGCUAAGGAACUACAGUCACUUCUUGGGACUUACUUACGACCCCUCCAGGCCAAUGACAAGCUGAGCGCUAUGGAAUUUGCAUCUUUAUUGGGCAACUUUGAGGAAGUGUGCACAUUUCAGCAGACACUGUGCCAGGCCUUGGAGGAGUGUGCAAAAGUUCCAGAGAGUCAGCAGAAAGUUGGAGGCUGCCUGAUGUCCCUGAUGCCUCAGUUUAAAUCUCUGUAUCUUACUUAUUGUGCUAAUCAUCCCUCAGCUGUGAAUGUUGUAACUCAGCACAGUGACAGUCUGGAAAAGUUUAUGGAGAGCCAGGGAGCAGCCAAUCCGGGGAUUCUUCUGUUGACGACAAACCUCAGCAAGCCCUUCAUGCGCCUGGAAAAAUACGUAUCUCUCCUCCAAGAGCUGGAGCGCCACAUGGAGGAGUCUCAUCCAGACCACCAGGAUGUUCUGAAAGCUAUUGGAUCAUUCAAGGCGCUGGCGGCCCAGUGUCAGGACCUGAGAAAGAAGAAGCAGUUGGAGUUACAGAUUCUUUCUGAGACCAUUCAGGGCUGGGAGGGAGACGAUAUAAAAACCUUGGGCAAUGUCAUCUUUAUGUCGCAAGUCAUGGUGCAGUGUGGCACCAACGAGGAGAAAGAAGAAAGAUAUUUCUUGUUGUUUCCGAGUGUUUUGCUCAUGGUGUCAGCAAGUCCUCGGAUGAGCGGCUUUCUCUAUCAGGGAAAACUCCCCAUCACGGGAAUGAUGCUGACAAGACUGGAUGAAAGUGAAGGCAACGACCAUUCAUUUGAAAUAGCAGGCCCCCUGUUUGAGAGGAUGACGGUGUUCUGUCCCAGCAGCCAGGAUCUCCAGGAGUGGCUGGAUCACCUACACAGACUGACAAGGGGCACUGGUGCAGGCAGUGUGCUCGUGAAAACCCAGUCGUGGAGCACCCAGUCUGUAAGCACUGGGCUUGGUUCUGCCCCUGGGGAGUCUGAUGAGGGCCAGUCUUCUAGUGCUGCCGGACCACCUCGAGGACCACUGGAGCCUCCCCCCAUUCAAAAGCCCUGGAGCUUAAGUUGUCUCAGACCCGCACCUCCUCUUAGACCAUCGGCAGCUCUAGGUUACAAAGAGAGGAUGUCUUAUAUCUUAAAGGAUUCCAGCAAGAGCCCUAAAACGAUGAAGAAAUUUCUCCAUAAAAGAAAAACGGAGAGAAAAGCGUCAGAGGAAGAAUAUGUCAUUAGGAAAAGUACAGCAGCCCUGGAAGAAGAUGCCCAAAUCUUGAGAGUGAUUGAGGCCUACUGCACCAGUGCCAGUGCAGGCCUUCAGCAAAGCCAUGGCUCAGGUGCUCGCAAGGACUCUAUCCCACAGGUCUUACUCCCUGAGGAAGAAAAAAUCAUCGUAGAGGAGACAAGAAGCAAUGGGCAGACAGUCAUAGAGGAAAAAAGCCUUGUUGACACUGUUUAUGCGCUGAAGGAUGAAGUCAAGGAAUUAAAGCAGGAGAAUAAAAAAAUGAAGCAAUGCCUAGAAGAAGAAUUGAAGUCCAGGAAAGACUUGGAAAAGUUGGUCAGGAGGCUGUUGAAACAAACAGAUGAAUGCAUGAGGGCAGACCCGGGCAGCAAGGCCUCCCUCCUGGCUUGAAGCUACCCCAGCCAUGCUGCCGGCACUCACUCAGGUGCGACUUGGGAUCUCCAGGAAAGGAGAAUCAGACCUUUUGACUCACUCCGCUCCUCGCUUUGUCUGCUUUCUGUGUAUUUUGGCUGUUUUCUGUUAUAGGAAAAAAAGGAAUUUGUAGUGGAAAUAGCUUUCCAUUCAAUAAGGAAAUAAAACCAAUAGGAAUUAUUGCAAUAAGAGGGGUCAGCAAAUGACCCCAGGUUCACGGUUCAUCCCAUCUUCCUCUUCUGCUGGAUGGGUCACUAGUGCUUUGGACAAAGCUACUCUCAGAGAAGCUGCCAAGUGGUGCCCAGUGAGGGAGGCUGGCACACCCACUUCCUUCCUCCCAAGAUCUUUUCCUUGAUCUUGAAGCCCCUCAGUUAUUCAUUCAAGAAGCAUGUUAAGCUCCCAUUAUGCACCGGGCUCCAUGCUCAGCGCUGGAGACACAGAGACAAAAACAAAACAACUCCUGCCCUCAGCAGACUUACUUAAGCUCUACUCAGGGAGGAGUCACCACUACCACCACCAGUCAAUGCCAAAUAUAUAUAUGAAACCAAUAUAGAGUAAUGGGGGGGUGUCCUAAUAACUGAGGGGGUUGAGCAAGGAAUCAAGAAAAGCCUCACAUAGGAAGUGGUACCUAAUUUAUUGAAUGGUAAAGCACUAUUCUGACCAUGGAAAUCCUGCGGCCUUUGCCCCCUAUCAUACCCCACCCCAUCCCCCCUUCAUGUAUACACAUUAGAGUCGAUUUCCUUUCGUUUUCUAACAAGAUAGUGCAGGAGACUUUUGUUGUUUUUGUGUUUGUCUGAUCGGCACGCUUGAUUUGAGCCAAUGGAGUGGGAGCUGCCAUCAUUGCCACAAAUGCCAAGCCGUAUGUAAUGCCGGCAUGUGACGACGACGUUGUGGCUACUUCUCUGGCAAGAGCAUCAUAGAUGUAGAUGUUUUGCAUUCCCCCCAGUGCUUUGACUUCACUAUACUCAACAGAACGGCAUUCUGGUAGUCAGGCUGUGAGCUCUUCUUGUGUCCUGGUUUUGGAUUCCAGCCUCCCCCAUCACUGGGGCAUCUCAAAGUCUCCACCAAGAGAAGUGGCUGGCUUCUACCAGGAGAUGCUCAUUCCCCUUGGCCCACUCAGAGGUCAUGGCAAGAGUUGGAGCCGUAUCCCCACCGGCUCCCUGAAGAGGAGGCCUUCAAAUACCAUUUGCAGCAACCCGUCUUCCCUGGGAAGGCUAGUGGGGCCUGCUGAUCAGUCUCCCCUCUUUCCUUUGGUCACUUGGUUGGGAUCCCAGCAAUCUGGACACAGCUUAGCUCAUGGCUGUGGAACAGUCAGCAGAUCCCCAGGCAUCAUUCAGCACAAUUUAGAAAAGGAUGUGUGGUAGAUAAUUAGGAAGUCCCAAAGGCCGGUGAAGUUUGACCAGCGUGGGACAGAUCCCUUUUGAGGGAUGGAUGGAAAAAAAGGGGCAUUAGAUUGAAAAACAAAACAAAAAUAAACCAAAAAAAGUCGUUCUCCAGAUGUAUUUGCUAUGAAUACUGAUGAGUGUCAAUUUUCGCAAAUGAUAUUUUAGAAAACACCCUAAUUCCAACUUGAAAUGCUUCUACUCCCCAAACUGGCCACCCUCUCCCCCCUUCCCCCGGUACUUGGUGGUCUCUAGUCCCUGCUGCUAAACAGUAUGGUACGUGGCUUUUUGCUUGCUGCCCCUCAGGGGAAGUACUACUCUUGGGCAAAGGAAUGCUGGGAGCAAGCCACCCACCCCGUCACCUAGCUAAACUCAUCUGGGGCAGUCUCUGCCAUUCCUUUCAUUCCCUCAUGGGAUCAAAGGGUUGGGAGAGACUUUCUGAGAGAGGGACCUUUACCUUCUAAAGGGAGCUCAGUUCUCUUUUUUUCAGAUAAGGAAACUGAGGCCUGGCAAAUUGAUCUCUCCAGGCCUCAUUUUUGUCUCUGUAAAACGAGGGGAUUGGACUAUCUUAGUCUUUGAGGUCUCUUCUCAAUCCAGACCUCUGAUGAGCUAUGAUCUGCACCUAGUAAGGAGCGUGGCUGUUUUGAGGGCUCAGACAUCAUCCCAAAUCAAAGCCAGGCCUCUCAAAUUGUCCCCUCCGAAGUUACUGAACAAUGUGAAGAAGAUCAGUAGGAAACUCUUAGUAACAUAAGGAACUCAAAUGGAUUAUAGUCACAGUAGGAAAGCAGGCCGUGCUGAAAACCAAUUUUCCAUGUCUUACAAGGCCUCUGAGCCCCUGAUGGGAGAAGCAUGGUACUUCGGGUAACGGAACCCAUACCAAGCAUGGCUGUUGCUGUUACAAGCCAAAUAACAAGAGCAAGGAAACAAAGCCAUGUGAAAUUGAAAGCACUGCUUCCAUAUUUGCGUUGUUUACAAUGCUUUUGUCAAUUCUCUGGUCCUGUUAUCCUCUCGAUUGCCACCUCACUGUGAAGAGGCGGCUCCAUGCAUCUUCUCCCAGGGUAGGCUCAUUUCCUGUCAUUUCUCUUAUGCAAACCCAGUUUUUCUAACCUGUUUUUAUUUUGAACACUUUUUAAAUUGACAUUUUCAAUCAAUAAAGAAGGAUGAC